AAAUAGCUUGCCUUGUUUCUUUUUGAACCUCUCAGUCAAAAAGAGCUAAGGGGGAAAUGAUGACGCCUUUUGCAAAGUUGCAGACGACAUAUUCAACCAUUCGUACACGUGAAAUAAAUUGUUUCUGUGCAGGCUGUUUUAUUUGGACCUGUUUGGGCCUGAGAUAAAAGCAAUUGUAUUCUUAACAAUGGUUUAUAGAUCUAUGUCUUGCCUUUGAGUCGAUAAAAGUCGAAAGGACUGCAGACAUAAGACAUUGACUUACUUACUUAGACUUAGGUCCUCCCGCGCCGUUCGGCGCUUUGGGCCGCAAGCUGUCUCCAUACAUAUUUUUCUUUAUGUGUCAAGUUUGCCGUUUCUGUAGCAGUUAUAAUAAGACCUUGAUGGAGUACAAAUGUCCAAGUACAAUGCACCCAGUGUGCCACUGAAUUUACCAAAGACUUAUCUAACAACAAACAGGAUUACGAAUGGCACGCAAGGAAGUGGAAAUGGACAACAUGGCUGGACAAAACCGCAACUAUGGCAGCUUCUCCUCGGAAUCUGGGAACAUUAAUAAUGAUGAAGCCACUGGAGAUGGCAACAAUCCCAUCAUUCCACAGAGUCAAGACAGUAAACCAGCCAAGCUAGCACGUCAGAAGUCCUACUACACGCCAUCUAUGGUGGAUGAUCUGCGGAAGAGAAACAAGCUGUACUUUCUGGAUCCAAUAACCAAAUUGAGAAAUUUUCAUGGGUUUCCAUGGAAACUGACCCUGCAGAUCAUCAAAUUAGUUCUGAUUACAGCGCAGGUGAUCAUUUUUGGAGGCCAGAGGGAGAACAUCGUGGAAUACUUUGAACGCAGUGAACUGACCUACAGGCACUUACUACUGAAGGAAUGGGGACCAGCUUAUGAGACAUUACCUUACCCCCCAGCUUCAGGGGAGUAUGCUGUUUAUUCCAUGUCUGAAUUGUUCAGUCAUAUGAACUAUGUCAUGGAACAGUACUAUAAGUUACCCGAGAAGUCACUGGCCACUGUUACGCUGAAUAGAGACAAGCAGACCCACAGACCUUAUCCUAUCGAACUAUGCUUCAGGGCGAACUCUUUUGUGGAGUAUGAUAAUGGAAGUUAUAUUGUGUCUGCGGAUGUCAUGCAUAAUUGUACCUAUGUGGCACCUACUGGCAAACCAGGAAAUGAAACAUAUGAUAUUCGUGGCGAUCUGAAACGUCAAAAUUUUACAGUGCCCUUUAAUAGGACGCUGAGUCUGAGUUUGAAGUUUUACAUUCGGACUUUCCACUUGAACCUUUUGGAGACUCACUAUGGACCUACAUGUUACAACAUGUCAAUACAGAUCCUGUACACUAACAGUGAACGCAGUGGGCAGAUUGUCAUUGAUAUGAAUACUUCCCCGCAAGAGAUAGAAUGUGAAGGGAAGAUCAUGUCCCCUGAGGCUCAGUAUGAAACAGACAACAUGAAGGUGAAGGUCAUCGCCUUUGAUGGUGUGGUGAUAGUCAUUUGUUGCCUGUCCUCCAUCCUGUGCUCCAGGUCUCUCAAGAGAGCCAACAAUUUGCGUAAGGACACAGCCACUUUUUUUAAGCUUCACAAAGGGAAGCUAUUCAGUUUUUCUAAUCACAUGGAGUACAUCAACAUGUGGUACAUCCUCAUCAUCUGUAACGACGUCCUGACAGUCAUUGGAUCAUCUUUCAAGAUCCAGCUGGAGACUAGGGUAUUUUCAGUAACCUCAGAAAACUAUGAGGUCUGCAGUGUGCUUUUGGGAGGAGGAGUGUUUCUGACAUUUGUUGGCAUCUUGAGGUAUCUGGGUUUCUUCAAGUCUUACAAUGUGUUAAUUCUGACGUUAAAAACUUCCUUUCCACACGUUCUAAGAUUCCUGGUGUGUGCCAUCUGCCUGUACACUGGAUUUUUAUUCUGUGGGUGGGUCGUCUUCUCCCCCUACCACAUUAAGUUUCGUAAGCUGAGCACAGCAUCUGAAUGUUUGUUUGCCCUGGUCAAUGGGGACGACAUGUUUGUAACCUUCUCGGCACUGUCCAACAACAGUGACACCAUCUGGUACUUCCAUAGAGUCUACCUCUAUGUCUUCAUAGCUCUCUUCAUCUACGUUGUCAUCAGUGUCUUCAUUGCUGUCAUCAUGGAAAACUAUGAAAAUUUGAAGCACUACUAUGAGGCUGGCUUCCCUGAUACUGAAGUGCAGGCUUUUAUUAAAGAGGAUGGAGAGAUGUCAAUGAAGGAGGUAUUCAGGCAUGUACAGAGAGGGGGACGGUGGCAUAAUUGGUUCUUCUGUAUAUUUCCUUGUUUUGGAUGUCUACGAAGAGGGCUAGCAAGUGAUAAGGAGUCCCUUGGAGGACCAGAUGAGCAUCCAAGCUAACGAAAAGAGACAACUGAUGGAGACGCUAUGAGGAGGCUGAAACUCAAAGAGAGAUAACUCGAGCCUGAGAAUCUGUCAUUUAAUGUAAAGGUUUAUGUAUUUUAAUAUUUAUGUAUGUAUAUAGUUUCAUGUAUAUACCAAGGGACACAACUUUUUAUCUGUUAUUUUAAUUUGAGAUUUCAAUGUACAUACUCUUUCUACUCUCACAAUACUAACCACUUAUGAUUGAUGCCUGUGUGGGAUGUGCUUUGGACUGUUGUGUUGAUUGUCUCCAGUUCAAACCCUGCCAGCUGUCUUCCGCUCCGUCCUAUAAGAGGUUAGGGCAGAGGAUCUUCAUUCAUGAGGAAUGUGCAAAACUUAUCAAACAAACUUGUUGGCCUCUCAGUCGUAGAACAACUGUGGUUCAUCUCGAACAUUUUUCAUGUGACUGUGGAGCCAUAAUUUGGAAAGACACACCUGUCCACAGAUAUUGCUGGUUUAAACAAACUUAAUGUUUUAUAAAAUAAUGAAAUCAAAAAUGACUUUUAGAAAGUCUUUUAAACACAUUUUUAUUCAUUUCCUGAUAUGAACAGUAUAACAUUGUUGUCCCUUUAGUUCUGUUCUUCUACAUGUUUUCCAUGGCAUUUCAAAACUUUCUAGACAGCUGAAAUCCUUUCCACAUUAUUAUCAAUUCAAUGUUAAGUCGUUUUACUCAUCAACUCCUGGGUGUCCAGCUCCUUGGUCUUCUGACCACUUGCAUUUAAUAAGUCAUGAAAAAAACAAAACAACUGCAUCUUAAAUCCAACCUCUAAUCACUGAAUGACAUUGCACUUAGAAGAAGCUUGGAAAAGAUUUUUUCGGUGAACAAGUUUAGAAAGUUUUUUUAACGUUUUAUCUGAAUGAAAGUCGUUAAUUGUGUUAUGGACAUUACCAUGGUUGGCCGAACCAUUUUCUCAUCAUGAUUAUGUUAUUUUGCCAUGUCAUUUAGCCAUAACAUUGUGACAUAUUUAUGUUUUAAUUAUGCUGCAUUACUGAGCUCCACCUUUUAACAUGGCCAUUUCAUCUGAGAUCAUGUUUGAAUGAUUUUGUUCAGCUUUUCAUCCAUUUUGUAACUCGUCUUUUUAUUUUGUCUUCUCAAUUGCAAUAAGUUAUUUUCAGUUUUGUCUCAUCCAUUUUUGAUAUGUGUCAAUGCUCAUUUACUUGUUUUGUUUUUAAAUCCUGUAACUUUUUGUUUUAUUAAGAUUUCCUCAUUAAGUUUUCACAUUGGUAAAGUGACUUCCCGUGAAUCUGCUUCAUCAACAACUUGUUAGAUGGUUGAUAUUUAACUAGUCUCUGUGUCUAGUUGCCAGACUCACUGAAAGCUGUUUCCUGAUACUUUUAUUAAGAGAACAUGUUUAAAUGUUUUUUUGUUGCAUAUUAUUAGGAAAAACGAAAAAUCUUGAGAUGUAUGUAAAGUAUUUAUAUGUUUUGAAUACAAUAAAUGCUCAUUAGUCUUUCACUAUAAAAGUCUCAUAAUGUGAAAGUCUUUCACUGCAUUUUUUUUUUUCAAUUUCUAAAUUAUCAUCAAGUCAUUGAACAAUCAUAGGGCAGAGUCUCUUACUUCUUGUAGUUUAUUUAGAUAGCUAUGACUCUCUUCAGACACUGGACAAAAUGAAACAAGUAAAUUAAAACUUCCCAACUCUGACUUUAGAUAGUGUCUAUCUUUAUCUCGAUUCCCUUAUAGCCUUCUCAAAAAAAAUGAUCUUCCCAUUACCAUAUCGGGGGUGAUUAGCACAGAAAGCAUUCACACAAGCCCAUCUACAGUAGGCUGGCGUAUGUAACAUGUCAGCUGAUCCCACAUAUAACUAACCGUACUUGCCAUCACUAGUUCUAUUAUCUAUAAUGUAAAGCAGAACGUAAGGCGUGUGUAUGUAUGUCUGUAUGUCCUGCAUAAAAAUCAUAACCAUUUGACCAAUCUUGAUAAAACUUGGCAUAAAAGUUCCUUAGUUCAUGGCCGAGACCGUAGUGUAUAUUUAUUGUCCUUACCACUACCCCAGGGCCCUAAAAACAGACAAAAAGUACCUAACUGUAACUCUAUUAAAAAAACGAAACUUUUUAACAAAUCGGGUAAACCCAUGUUCACAGUAUUUUAUAUUUGAUAUGAUUAUGUCGGCUGAACGGGUAAACCCAUUUUCACACUCUACUUUUAUUUUUGUGGCAAAGUAAAAAAGUUUGAUAUAGAUCUAAAUUCAGACCAGUAUAUGAGUAAUACCAACACUAAGGCCAGCAGAACGCAGGUCAUAUUCGACUAGUGACAUACAUGGUUUGAAAAAGUGUUUGAAAUGAAAUAUGGUAAAUGUUAUAUCUUCUUAUUAAUGCUUUUUUAUUGAGAACAUUCAGAAUGGCUUUUUAAAAUUAAGAGUAAUUCGAAGACUGAACUAGUUUGAUUUCAAUGUACAAGUUUCCAUGUUGUACACUGUUGUAAGUUGAUCUGUUCCAUUGACUUGUGCACAUUCCAUGAAUCAAAAUAGAAAACUUGCUGUUUAACUUUGUACAUCUAUGGAGUUCAACAUUUGAACUGUAUGUAUGACAGCUUGGACUGCACUUUAGAGUUAAACUGUUGCACUAUACAGUUUUUGGAGGCGCGGUGGCUGAAUGGUAAAGUGCUUGGCUUUCGAACCGGGGUUCAAAUCCUGGGAUUUUAAGUUUCGGGAUCCUUAUGAGCCUCUGAAUCCACCCAGCUCUAAUGGGUACCUGACAAUAGUUGGGGAAAAGGCUGUUGUGCUGGCCACAUGACACCCUCGUUAACCAUUGGCCACAGAAACAGAUGACCUUUACAUUAUCUGCCCUAUAAUUUGCAAGUUCUAAAAGGGGAACUUUACUAAACAGUUCUUGCCAACAUCACUAAAUAUAAAGUCUUUCACAACAGUUGAAAAGUUUGUUGGGUUCUUAUUAAUAAAUAGUAAUAUAAUGAUUGUUGUUAUAUAUCUUGUACCAUUUGUAAAAUAAACUAUUUUUUAUAAAUGUUAGUGGCAUUAUAAUUAGUUAAAUCUGGUUUUUUUUUAAAGGCAGUUUCUAAAGAUCAAAAGCAGAUAACUCUGCCAGCCUUUUGAAAGUUUGGGCUAGGAGAUUAUAUUCUUCAUUUAUGAAUCACCUGAAACAUGUCAAACAAAACUGAACUUUUUGUCAAGCCUUUGUAAGUCCAAAGUAUUGUAAAUCUCAAUUUAAAGAAAAGACAUUCAAAUCAAGUCUUGUAAUAUAUUUAUCUUUUAAGUUAUUUUGAAUAUCUUUUGUAUGGCACUUCUCUAUGUUUAGUUUGACUUAGCAAGGCCUGAGAAAUCUUAUAAUGAUCAUUGUUUAAAAUGAUUUACAUCUUUUUUUUUAUUGCCUUUUUUGUUUUUCCUGAGCUCUGAAGAAAAAAUUUAAUUCAAAUCUUAUUCAAAAUAUUAUUGAUAGAUUAGUUCCCUUGAGUUUUUUAAGCAGCUCUCUCUCAUUCAAUAAGAUUUAAACAUAAUAUUUUAUAUGACAUGACCUGUUUUGAUAUGAAUGUAAAUAAACAAAGUAAAGUCACAA